GACUUCAAAGCAGCAAAAUAUUCCAAGAGAUCACGACUCACCAAAGUUGACCACUUUUUGUAUGUACGCCUCUCACAAGCCCGGCCCGUGGUGGCUCAAUUUUGCCGACAAUUUUCCCGUCUGCCUACAAUCUUUGGGACGUUAGGCAGCCAACCGACUCCCGAUUCGGGGUGGGAGGAAGGGUCCGUUUCCGGGAGAGGGAUGACCUUUCCGGGGAACACGGGUUUCCGCCUGGGUGACCUUUUUAUUCGUCGUGACCCCGCGACAAGGGGAAUCUUAGCGUGUCGACAAAGUGGAGCCAGCGGCAGUAGGAAUCGGGGAGAGACCAACGCUUUGCACCAAUCAGAAGGAAGCCUGGCGCAUUUAAACGUGGUAAUGAGUUAGCAUCAUCGUCACCCCUUUUCUUCCCAGAGAAGAGACGCUUCUACCACGAUAUACGGUACUGACUGGCUGCAUAAUAAAAUAAACCUGGGUUUAGUACAAGAGAAAUAUUUUAAAGUUUUACACCAGAAUCACACACAAUCACACAGAGAGAGUUUUGUCCUUCGUGUAUAUAUUCUUACCUUUUCCUCCCUAAAAAUCCUGCCUCUCAAUAAUAUAUUACGCCAACGGAGAAAGAGGAAGGAAUUUAUUUUUUUUGUUAUAUUUCCGAAUCAAAAUCAUGGCAGGUAUCAAAAUCAAAAUGACGGACAGUUGUGACGCCGUGGAACGCGAGUUGGACAAAGUUCUCCAAAAGUUUGGUUGUGUUUCGGAACAUUUUAAUCGCACGAUUGAUAAACAGAUCGAAUUUAUAAAAGCGCUCAAACAGCAAUUUGAAGAAGUUUCUGACGAAUAUGAACUUACUCCUAACCAAGCCUCUAUUUUAUGCGAUGCGGUUUCACAAGUUCGAGAAACUGUGAGUCGGGCAGCCACCGAUCAUCGCGACUUGCACAGCAGCGUAUCAAAAGUGGGGAAAGCUAUUGACCGAAAUUUCAAUCCUGACUUUGGUGCUAUCACCCGUGACGGACUCUUUUCCGGAGAACGGGCUAAAAUUUUGACCCAGGUUGUCUGCCAACAUCUCUAUCGGCAGGGAAUGUUGGACAUUGGCGACGGAUUGUGCAAGGAGGCAGGUCUAGAACUUGACGGAACGUACAAAGAACCCUUCGUUGAACUUCAUCGCAUUUUAGAAGCCCUGAAACAGCAAGACCUCACCCCCGCUCUAGACUGGUCAGCAGACAAUAGGGACGCCCUUAUCGCCCAGGGCUCCUCCCUCGAGUUCAAGCUCCACCGGCUAGCCUUUCUCAACCUGGUCAAAAAGGGGCGAUGGUAUCAAAGUGCAGCUAUUACGUACGCGAGACAAAACUUUAGUCAGUUUGUGAAACGACAUGAGAGGGAGGUCCAAACCCUGAUGGGCUGCCUGCUCUACGUUCCUGCAGGCAUGGAGGGCUCUCCAUACGCACAUUUGUUCGAUAAUGGGUUGUGGGACGAUAUUCAGGACACCUUUACUCGCGAUGCAUGCGCUAGACUAGGACUCUCAGUGGAUUCUCCUUUAGCAGUGUGCUUUUCUGCCGGUUGCACAGCACUGCCUGCCUUGCUAAAUAUAUGUCAAGUCAUGCAAGCUCGCCAAGUGAGUAGCAUUUGGAAUGGCAAAGACGAACUCCCCAUUGAAAUCGAUCUGGGCAAAGAGUUUCAUUACCAUUCCGUCUUUGCGUGUCCUAUCCUCCGCCAACAAGCAUCAGAAUCCAAUCCACCAAUGAGGCUGAUGUGCGGUCAUGUCAUUUCGAGAGAUGCGCUGCACAAGUUAGCAUCAGGAAAUAAACUAAAAUGUCCCUACUGUCCUGGAGAGCAAAAUCCUAACGAAGCUCGGUUAAUUACUUUUUAAGAAAAUUUCCCUCAUCCCCUCUCACAUGACAUCAUCACCAUCACUAUACUUUUUUAAACUCUGAUCGUUAUUCUCGUCGUAAAUAAUUUUAUCGGUGUCGUCGUGUCGUAUGUCUACUCCGUGCGUGGCGUGUAUUUAUAUAAUAAUCCGAAAAAAUGUCGUAAUUCGUUAUGUCUACAUUUGUUAAACACUUUGCCCGUGAGCGAGUGAGUGUAGUUAAUGAAUAAUAAAUUUUAAUGGGAAAGAGCACUCAAAUCUUAAA